AUGGCAGCUAUGGCAACAGAUGACAUUUCCACCGUCUUUCUUAUCGGUCUCGUAAAGCUGUGGCAAAAUAAUCGAGAGCUUCGAAAGUACGAAGUUAUUGACGAGGAACGGCGGUCUCGAAUUACAGAGAUGAAGCACUGUGGGGUCCGCCACAUGAGCUACUCGAAUGUUCCGUUUGGAGUACGAGCAAUCGAACGCGGAGUCGAGGUUGAAGGGAUAUGGAUAGCCGGUUCCAGACCAGCAGAGGCUAGCCAGACUGCUUCCUCUGCUCCUUCGGCCAUCGAAGGCUCGAAACAGGCUGUCCCGGGCGGAGAAAAGGUAUACUACUGCUUGGAAGAUGCUCAGGAAAGCGUUGGCGAAUCGUCGAAUGCAGCAUUUACCCGCUCCAGUGCGCUAUCAGCACCCGAUGCGCACCAUGUGGCCGAGUAUUCCGACUACGCUGUGGAACACAACGACGAGAAUCAUGGCCAGGCACAGGCCGAGGUCGAGGGCAGUAUCACUGGACUCGAGUGUUGUCAACAACCUGCAGAACACGAGACAGGUUUACGGCUCUGCCCAGGUAUUCGUGAACAGGACGCAUCGCAGGCUGAACUCUGGGUUUGA